UCGACAUUCGACAAAGUGUCACAACAAAUCCAACGGUGGAGUAUUUGCGUAAAUUUGGUUAUAGAUAAUGCGUUGACUGUUCAAAUCAGAAGAGUAUAACAAUGUCAUCUAAAAAGCUGGUGUGGAACCUACUCUAAAAAUUAAAGUAAACACUGUGUAGUGUUCGCUGUGUGGUUGUGUUGGCCAUUAUGUGAGACUCAAUUGAGGAACGGAAAAUAAAUAAACGAAAAAGAAAACCUACACGGAGAUUUGAGAUAACAACGACAACGGACUAGCCACAACAGAGCAAAAAAAAUUUACUCCCAUCUAAUAAUAAACAAACAUCAGUAGUAGCAGCAGCGGCAGCAAAUUGAGAAAAAGCCAAACUGCUGGUAGCUUAUCAACAAAAUCAUACGCCACCUUCAAGUUCAGCUUAUGAAAUGGCAUUAACUAAACGUAUAAAAUGUUUCAAAUAUAUGGUAUAUUGUUACAUUGUCCUAUUAGCGGUCACUGGCUGUGCACAAAUAUUUUUGGGCACUUCCCUGCUGUGGGGACAUUCAGGCCACUAUGGCGUUGUACAAAAUAGGCUAUGGGCCCCAGCAGCCUUGCUCUUGUGUUUGGGUCCCGGAACGUUUAUUCUUUGUUGGAUUGGCUGUCAGGCCACCAAUCAAAAGAAAAAAUGUCUUUUGGGCUUGUUCGCCACAUUCCUGGUCAUAAACAUUCUAAUACAGUUCUUAUUGUGCGGCUGGUCCCUGGCUAUGCGUGAACAUUUACCAUCAUCGGUGGAGAUUUACAUUGAUGAUUCAUUUGUCGAAUUUUUGGAUAAAUUCUCCAGGACCAAGGUUGAUAACCUACAUUUAUGGAAUAGGAUGCAAUCACAGUUGCAAUGCUGUGGUGUUGAUGGACCACUUGACUAUCGCCGUUUAUCAUUGCCCUGGUCCUGCUGCUCGCGACCUGAAACAGCCUAUGAAUCAGCCUGCGAUACUCAUUAUAAACGAGGCUGUUUAGCCGUUGUCUCCGAACAAAUAAAAUAUACACUACUAAUAACUGCAUUUGGUGCUGCCAUUAUAGCCAUAUUCCAGAGUUUGGGCCUGUUUUGUGUUGUUCAUUUGGCCAUACUCUAUGGAAAAAACGACAACGUCUAUGAUAAUAAUAAGCUUAGCAAGAAACGCCAGCAACAGUUUCUGCCACUCUCCAUACAAGAUAAACGCCAGGAUAUACCAUCACCAUUGAGUUUGUCACCCACAGCACCAGGGCAUCGUGUGCUAAAAACCUCAGCACCCGGUGGUAAAAAAUGACAGACGAUUAGCUUUUAAGUGUUCAAUUGAAUUAAAACUAUUUAAAAAAAAAAUCACAAAAAAACUACAAAAAAAUCAACAAAA